AUGAGGGUGAUUAUUAUCGGAGGUGGGAUUGCCGGACUCGCGGCCGCGAUCGGGCUCCGGCGAGCUGGCCACCAAGUCAAGGUUUUGGAACGGUCGUCUUAUCUCCGCGAGGUCGGUGCCGCGAUCCAUGUCUGUCCAAAUGCCUCUCGGGUUCUUUUGAGCUGGGGAUUUGAUCCCGAAAGGGCUCGCAUGGUGACCGCACGCCGGUCGAUCUUCGUGCUCGGUAGCUCGCUCCAGCCAGUGUUCGAAUUCGACUGCUCGAGCGUUCCGGAGACGUAUGACGCGCCGUGGCUCCUGGCCCAUCGAGUCGACCUUCAUUCGGAGCUGCGACGCCUGGCGACAGUGCAGGAAGGGCCCGGCGCGCCCGCAGAGAUUGUGUUAAAUUCCGAGGUUAUAGCAUACGAUGCGCAAAAGGGAUCGAUAACGCUGGCCGAUGGGUCGAUCCAGGAAGCGGAUUUACUCGUGGCAGCAGAUGGCGUCCAUACAUCCGCUAUUCACCAGGUUGUGGGCCAGGGCAGACCAGCAGUCUCUACCGGCUCAGCAGCGUUUCGCUUCAUAAUCCCAACGGAGGAGCUGCGCCGCGACCCCGAGACGGCUUUACUAGUUGGCGACGGCGUGAUGAGGGUUCUAGUCGCUGAGGGGUUGAGACGGCUGGUCUCGUAUCCAUGUGCCGAUAAUACAUUACAAAACUUUGUGGCUAUCCAUUCUGAUCAGGAAAAUGAUGGCCGUGAGCCCGAAAACUGGGAUCGGUCCGCCGGGGUCACCGAUGUUCUUGCCCACUAUCCCGACUUCCACCCAAGCGCUCUGGCGGUUAUCAAGAAAGCUACAAGUAUCAAACGAUGGCCGCUUCUCUACCGCGAUCCCAUCGCAACGUGGAGCUGUGGCCGUCUGGUACUCAUCGGCGAUGCAGCGCAUCCAAUGCUGCCUCACCAUGGCCAAGGUGGUGCCCAGGCGAUUGAGGAUGCUGGUGCGUUGAGUGAGAUAUUCACUCAGUUGCCGGCCAGUCCCGGGCUCGGCGAGAUCCAUCGCCGCCUAAGGGUAUUCGAAACGGUCCGGGUAAAGCGCGCAUCAGCACUCCAGAUCCUCUCAAAUGCAGGAAUGGAUGAAGCGUGGAAGAUUCGUGAACGCGCGCAGCAAUAUAUGCCAGAAGGCGUGCCAGUACCUACUUCGCCGUUGGAAUUGAUGGAGCAUAAUUUUCGCUACGAUGUGCUCAAACAUAGUCAGCAGCAGCUGCAGUCUUAUCUGCGAGAACAAUGA